GUUUCGUCAUUGAGUCGACCGAUCGCGGCGUAGCGUCUGGUCCUUGCUCAGUUGUAACCCCGCGUAUAAAGUAAGCAGACGUGUAGUGAAAAUGGCUAUCAGCAGAUUAUCUAUCAUAAAAUUCUUGGAGUUGGCGUUGACGUGCGCAUGCGUCGCGCUACACUAUCACAGCUACAAUGGAGAUGCCGACAUCGGUAUGCUGGUCACCGGAACCUUCAUCGGAUACCUUAUCAUCUUUGCUGGUGCAGCUGCAGGAUACAUAAUGCAGACACCUAGUCAUAAACGCAUCGACAUCUUUUACUCACUCGUCGGUGUGUGUUUGUUUGUGGCGAGUGGAGCCGUCAUCAUUGACAGAUAUCAGCAUUACGGGAGAAGUGAACUAAAAGACAAAAAUCUUGCGAAGGCUUCGCUAGCAAUCAUCAAUGGUGCGCUUUUACUCGUAGACGCCGUAUUGACUCAAAGAGGUGGAUAGAUGGCGCUUAAAUAUAAAAAUUAUAUUACUGCAUAAUAUUUAUAAGUUAUUGACAAAUAACCCUUUUCUAAGCUUAGUAGAGUAGAGUAAUUAGGACUUACUAAGAUUUGCUCUAUUUUUGAUGAUACAAAUUUGUAAAGGUUAAGAAAUAUAAUUUGUAUUAUACAAACUUUUCUCACAAGACCUGAAACAAGGUUUACAAACGAAUAUCUACAUCUUUCUAUCGAUAAAACAUAAAAAAUAAAAAUUUGAGAUUUUUUUGUGGACCUAGUCGUGUCAAAUUACUUACAUUCCACAUCUGAAAUUUAAAAAUAAAAUAUUUAUGAAACCAGAAUUCGACGCAUUUACCAAAGUAAAUUCAACUUAAAUUUUUGAAGACCAUUCUUAUCUGUGAAUGUUCACAAUGUUAUUAAAGUUAAUAAUUCCCUUCAUACCUCAGCUGACACUAAUAAAAGUGGAGAAUGCACGCAAAGAUAAAGAAAACGUUCUCGAACACUUAUUGGGAUCACUUUUGCGACCCAAGAAAAGUAUCUUUCUUUCCCUUUAAGGUAAUUUUUAUCAUGCGAUACUUUGUAAAACCCACCUGCACUAUUAUUUGUUAAUAAAACAUUUUAUACUAAUUGUACUUGUCAUAUUUUUAUCUAUUUACACUAUUUAAAUGGUUAUGUCCAUAUUUUUAAUAAAUGUUUUUGCUAUUA